AUCGAGGAAAACAAGAAAAAAUCAAAAGAAAAAUAAAGAAAUGAAAAUAAAUCGGCGAAGCGAGUGGCGGAAUCUGGACUGGACUGUAGCGAGGCAAAGAAAGAAGGCAGGCGGAGCGUGGGCGAGAGGAAAGAACCGAGGCGGUCGUUACGAUAAAGAAAAGCGCUUGUAGAAGAGGUCGCCUCCUCCCUUUUCAUAUUUGCUUAUUCCUCUCUUCCUCCAGUUUCAAUUCUGGCGCUGGCCAACACCAUGGCGAGAAGAAGAGUCGCGUGUCUGAAUUCGUAACCCCAAACCGAAAAAUCAAAUUCCAGUUCGAAUAAAUCUCACGCUCUUCUAUUCUAUUCCCUCCAGAAUCUCCUCCUCCUCCCUCCAAUUCCAAUCUCGCCGGAGCUCUCCGGUAUCUGAUUCCUCUCCCCUCCGUCUCUUGUUUCGCUUUGCCUCUCCGUUACCGCUCCUGCCUCUUCCGUUCUCUUCUGCUCUUCGUUCGACAGGUAAUUCUCACCUGCUUUCCCCUUCUCCGUACCAUGUGAUUGCUUUGGCGUGUGCUGAAACAGAGAGAAAGCAUGGCGGACGCUAUGGUGUUGUAGGUUGUCAAUCUUACGUUUGCUUGGAAAACGGUUGUUUAAUUAGGUUCUAGGAUUUGAGUUUCUUGAUUGCGUAGGGCUCGAGAAAUCUCCGUUAUGAUUCUAUGUCUUUUGAAUAGCUACAACGACGGGGGAUUUGAUUUUGUUUGUGGAGCCGUCUUAUCUAAUUGCUGAUCCUUUAGCUCAUACAAAAGUUGUUUUAGGGUUUCAGCCUGUUGAAUCCAACAGGGCGAUAUAUAUGUCGUUCUGACUCUUCGAUGAUUGGGGCAAUUUUCCAAUAUAUGAGUCGAAACCUAUUCUGUGGUGUUGGUCAAGUAAUUGAUCCAACUGGAGGCGCGGUGAGGGUCAAUUUCGGGGUUAGGACCUUAAUUCUUGUGAAAAGAGUUGAAGUUUCUUCACUCUUGGAUUCCAUUACAGUCUCUCCUUUGUAUUCGAUGGAGCUGCUGAUAUGAUAUCCAUCUUCAAUGCUUUAUCUUCCCUUGUUUGUCCUCUUAUCUUGAUAGAGGAGGCAUGAAUAUGUCUCUGCGCUGCACCAUUUAUUAUGCUUCUCCUUCUUGAUUCAUCUCUACUUCAAGGUAGAGCUUGAAGCUUAUGGCUGCCUAGGGCUAACCCAUCAAGCAAUCUCUCUCAUUGUUGAAGCUAUUUGAUGGUUUCUUUUUGCUUGUGUUUAUUUGUUGGUGCAGAGCCAUGCCUACAUUUAGUGCUAUAGCGUUGGACAGGUUGUUAGAACCUGGAGCUUCUAAAUCCGUUGACAAGUCUACUCCACCCAGCGGCUACUUAGUUGCAAAGCCAAAACCUCCUCCACCUCGUUCCACUUUGCACAGGAGAAACAGCACCUCAAUCACAGAGAGGAGUCCUCAUCGCCCUCAGCUAACCCCUUCACUGUAUACAACUCCUGAAGCAACUCCUGUUCCUCCUAGUUCUCCCACUUCUUAUACCUCCUCACCCUAUAUUAUCAACCACAAGCGAAGGGGUCCACGCCUUUCGAAGAGCGCUUCUGUAGAUAACAUUGCAUCUCAAAGAAAGGCCUUAGAUAAAGACGAAGCUGAGGGGAGCUCGAAGAGUGCUGAAUCUCAGGUGGAUGAUGUAGCUAGGGAGAAGCCUGCUGCUUUGGCUCGCUUGGACUUUGACAAAGCGGAACCUAAGACGGUGAUUCCUGAGAUUUCCAAGGAAAAGGAGCUUCCUAAUGGCAUCCGCAAUAUGUCUCCUAAAGCGUUGCAAAUCAAUGGUCACCAUGAGGGUGCAAAAGCGAGGAGUAAUGGGAAAGUUGGAAUUACUAACUUGAGGCAUGGCAUUCUGAAGGAAAAUGAUAGUUCAGGUGCACGAGAUAGCGAUAUUGAGGACUUUUUUGACCCACAGGAAUCAAUGAGUCAUGCUAGCAACACCGACAGUGAAGAUAAUAUUGGAUCUUCUGCUAUGCAAAGUAGCAGUGUGCAAAUGGCGGAGUUUUUUGAUGCUUGGGAAGAACUUUCGUCUGAAAGUGGGAUACAGUCUGCUCUCCAUGAUUUUCAAUCUGAACUACGGGGAACAAGAUUGAGUUUGUUGAUGGAGAUAGAGAAGCGCAGGCAAGCGGAGGACGCACUGAAAACCGUGGAAAGCCAAUGGCAGAGAAUCAGGCAACAAUUAGCUCUUGCAGGAUUGACUGUUCCGCGUUGUCCCAUUGAUGUGGCUGAGAGUGAUGAACCAAACAGUACUACUGAUCCUGCAGAGGAGCUGUGCCAGCAGCUCGAUGUAGUUCGCUUUGUAUCCAGCUCUAUUGGACGGGGCAUUGCAAGAGCUGAGAUGGAGGUGGAGAUGGAAGCACAGCUAGAGGCGAAGAAUUUUGAGAUUGCACGAUUAGUUGACCGACUUCGUUAUUAUGAGGCUGUGAAUCGAGAAAUGUCUCAAAGGAAUCAAGAAGCUGUAGAAAUGGCUCGAAGGAAUAGGCAGGUGCAGAAGAGGAGGCAAAGGUGGGUGUGGGGUUCUAUCGCUGCUGCGAUUACUCUUGGCACUGCAGCCCUAGCAUGGUCAUACCUUCCACCGAGAGACGGAUCAGCAGCUUCAACCUCCAGCAGCUCCGUGGAAAGUGAGCAGCCCGAUAGUGCAACUUCAGAUUGAACCAUCCUGCCUAGUCAGUGUUCUAUAUCAAUCAUAGAAGAAUAAGAAGGUGGUUGUAUAUGACGUGGCACCGAUACAUCAGCGACCUCACUUGCAUUUUCCUGCCUGCGGAGAUUGCAAAUCACUUGAUAAUGUCCAAAUUAUACCGUUUUACGCAUAGCCAUAUCCGUUGUGGCAAGGCAAUCCAGAAGAAGCCGUAAUUUUUUUUGGUUUUGGUCAGUGAUUCUAUGUGUCAUAUUGGGAUUUCUCCUACUCAGCUACAUUUCCCCCUAUUGAACUAGCUGAUUGCUAGCACAUAUUUUGUGUCUGUUCUGCUAGGUUAGUCUCUUCCUAAUUUGAUUCAUUUCCGGCACAAACACUAUUUUAGAGAUGAGUGUAGAAAUACCAGUUCCUUGGGGCCAGGUGGUUUUUGCGUAUUGAGGGGUUCUUUCUUGCUGGACUGAGUAUUUGCAUUUUCUCUGAAAUGGCUCCGUCUUCCUCUCUUUAGGCUUCCGGACCAAACUCCCUUUUCAACAUUCACUAGAAUCAAUAUUCUUGGCUACG